AUGCGCAAAUCCCAGACUACUUGGUGUGUGGGUUCUGCCAAUGGAUUAAUUUGUUUGAACAUUGGACUAGUGUGUAUCCCAUUUGAUAAGACUUCACCAAAUAAUUUAUGUAUUUGGAACCCAUCAAUUAGGAAGUCCAAGAAGUUGCCUGGCUCAGAAGUUACAUUGAGGAGGGAUUGUAAUAGCUUUUCAGGAUAUGGUUUUGGAUUUGAUGAGUUACAUGACGAUUAUAAAGUUGUGUUUAUUCUCAAUACUUUUAGUGAUUUUCCUUCAUAUGAUACUAAGAUCAGAAUUUACAGCCUAAAGACUGAUUCUUGGAGAACAGUGGAUAAUUUUCAGGAUGGCUUUAUGGUAAAUAGUUCAGGUAUAUUUGUUAAAGGGAAGCUUUAUUGGACCUCACUUGCUAGUGUUCAUGAGCUCAAUGGCUACAGUAGAUGCAACAUCAUGUGUUUUGAUUUAUCAAAUGAGACAUGGGGAAUGGUGGAGCAACCCAAUUAUGGAGAAGGCAAGUGGAGAAGCCAGAAAAUUUAA